UGUCAGUUGUGGCUUGAGGCUUGUUGGGUGUUUGUGGCUGAUUUCACAACAGAAGUUGGGUGUCUUAAGUUGCAUAUUUUUAUUUAUUUGUUUUAAAUAGUGUUUUUCCUUCAUUAAUCAGACUAUCAUAAUGAACAGUUAUGUGCAGCCUCGUUCUUUGUGCUAGUCGUUCUACCAUAUAUCUCGUAAAACAACGGCAGAAUCGCAAAAUGUUCUCCGGAUCAAUAGUGUUGAGCAAAUAAUACAAUUAAUCACUUUCUUGCUCAAUAGUGAAUUGUGUACCUUUAUGACAAGGUUGUUACAUUGUUCGUCACUAUAAGUGAAUCGGUUAUUUGACUUUGAUACCAACCUAAUCAAAUAAUGAGUUCUAAUCAUAAUCAACCACGCAAAAACCCUAAUAACUUUAAUAGACAUGGAAAUAAUCACCCAAAUCGUUCUAAUCACCCCCAUAACCACCAGAGAUGGCCAAACAGAUAUCAAAAAGACUUUAAUAGGGAGUACGAACCUAAUUUUAAUCGAGGUGAAUGUUCUGCAUCAUCAAAUUCAACCCAAAAGGAAUCUAAUUAUGGUUCAGGUUAUCCAAAGAACACACAGCUCAGCCCAGUAUCCAGAAAUAUUCAUUACCAAGGGGAAGGAGCAGGUAUCCAACAUCAAGAUAGGCGGCACAAUAUAAUUCCAUCCACAAACCAACCAGAGAGGCGUCACAGUAUACCACCAAAUUACCAUAAUGUAAAUAACAACAGACUUAUGCCUGGAUUAUCAGAUAGGAGACAUAUUUCACCUCCCUUACACAUUAACAUUUGUGACAGCAAUACUGCACCAUCAGAGAAUGUUCAUCCCAUUGGAAUGAUGGAUUUUUCACAAAGAAGAACCAACAGAGAUAUGAUAGUGUCUCCAGUUCACUUCCAGCAACAGUCUCCACAGUAUUACCGCCAAACUAGCGACGACAGUAUUAAAAGUGAAAGUCCGUCACGUAAGCGCAGGCGUUUGUCCCGGUCCGGACACCAUUUGGAUUUGCAGGUUGUUGGACCUCCAUCACCUCCUCGUAGGUCACCUAGACAACAUCCCCCAGCCACUUCACACCAUCAAAUGCAGGGUAGUCCACCGCUUCGAAGACCGCGCUACAGAGAAAGAAACGACUUUUCCCACACUCACCAUCAGCAGUUUAUCCCCAGUCCGCCGCCUGUGGCACAUGCCCACCCGCAUCCGCAUCAAAAUACGGUUAUGGUCGAUUUAAAUCAGGUACCUGUGGUGAACAUACCAAUGAACCAUCAUCACCACCACCAUCAUCAUCCACACCCCCAUUCCCACCACGAGGGACCAGCGGCCGCAGUUUGGGGAUACGCCGCGGGAACGCCCCAUAUUUCACUGUGCACUGCGCCCCCUGGCGCCCCUCCUCAUUUACAUACUUGUCACGUUCACGGACAUGUAUAUAGUACUACCAUAGUACCUCCAGUGCCGUCAUUAACUGGCUGCUUACCACCGCCUCCGUUCGCUGCCCCGCCUGCUUCCAUUCCAAUGCCGGGUCAUCAUCAACAUUACGGUUUAGGGCCACGUCCCGAGCUUACCGAUUUGGAUUUAUUGCAACGAAGCGAAGCUCACCAGCCACAUUUAGCAGCCCAUCCGCCUUUACAUGUGCCUCCAAUACAGGUACCAGCGUCAGCAGCUUCCAUUUUCCUAUCAGAAGCUCGAGGCGGCCCAUUAGAGUUGCUCAGGCAACGUGGACAACCGCAUCACGGUGCCCGACUAGCGCCCCCUAGGGCUCAUCGCUGGCAUCACAGCCCCAUAAUGACUCCGGCUCGGUACUCCGGGUUCCUACUUCACUUCUUAGCUAUGUUCUCAAACCCUCCGAUGUCACCGUUCAGCCAGACCGAUCUGAGCAGUUCAGAUAGUACUGAGACUGAGAAUUACGAGGCGUUAUUGAAUUUGGCCGAACAACUUGGUGAAGCUAAACCCAGAGGGUUGGCCAAACUUGAAAUCGAUCAAUUGGUCAGCUACAAGUAUAACGCCGAUACGCACGAGGGCGAUCAGACUUCCUGCGUUGUCUGCAUGUGUGAUUUUGAGGCCAGGCAGAUGCUAAGAGUGCUUCCUUGUUCGCACGAGUUUCAUGCGAAGUGUAUUGAUAAAUGGCUAAGGUCGAACAGAACCUGUCCGAUUUGCCGCGGAAAUGCAUCCGACUACUUCAACAACAGCGAAUGAGGGCAGCUAACCUCUUGCAAAACGGAGAGACACUAGCGCUAGAUUUAUCACAUUAUAUCCAAGUAAAAUGUACAAGUAAGAAACUGUGGAAAUCCUCUGGAGGUGCCAUUUUCGCCACUGUUGCCAGUAAACCUUAGAUUAAUAUUAUCCAAAUAAAUCUUUUUAUCUUA